AUGACUAGCUUGAAGAUAUUUUUCGCAGUUUACUUGUUCGGUGGUGUAACAUUUUUGCCUUUAGUCCUGUACACUAUUUAUAAAGUUCAUGUAUUGUACAGUAACUUUAAAUCAGCAAAGAAGAAGGUGUUAGAUCAUAAUAAAGGAGAGAAAGUUGACGAAAAAAGUAGACUUUUAGUCAACGGGAUAGACCCAGACUUUAAAGCUGGCAAGUUAGAAGAGCAAUUGGGCGUCAAAGUUUUCAACAAGGGUUGGGUUACUGUAACGAAGCAGUAUUAUUAUCAUUCUUCCGAGGUGGCUGCAAUUUUGAAAAAUGCUAAUAACAACAAGGAUUCUGACACUGCACUUCAGGAGCAGAUCUUGGAAAGAACAGACUUGAAAAAAAAGCAAAAUUUUUUUGCGGUGUUAAGACACGGUAAUUUGUUUUUAUAUAAGGAUGAUUCUCAGAAUGCGAAUCUGGUUCAUGCCAUAUCUUUACAAAACAGAUUCGUUACCAUCUGGCCCCGUUACGAUGAAACGGGCAAGGAGGAAUUGCUUGAUGCGUCGCUUUUCACCAAGAGAACCUGUAUUGCUAUUUUCAAGAAUGACCUCGUUUCCAUAGACUCUAAAAAUCAUAACGUCAUCUUACCACAUUUCGAUCCACUCAGUAGUGCAGAGUCCAAAAAUGGCGAUAUCUCAAACAAUGAUACUACACAUGAAUAUAAAUCGCAGUUUCAUAGUUCUAACCAAUUCUUUUUAUAUUUUGAUAAUAACAUGGAUAAAGAGGAUUGGUACUAUCAGUUGAUCAAUGCCUCAAAGAACAAUAACACAUCCUCAGCGGAUUUAUUGAACCCUAGUGUUUCAGCUAACGCAGCUCAUUUGAAUACAAAGGAUAUGCUACAGUUGAUUCAGGAUAUCAAUUCCACUGAGAAUCAGCUGACCACGAAAUGGCUGAAUGCUCUCCUUGGGAGAUUAUUCCUCUCUUUGCAACAAACCGAUACUUUGAAUAAGUUCAUUCAUGAGAAAAUCUGCAAGAAGUUGAAUAAAAUAAAAACUCCAGGAUUUUUGGACGAUUUGGUUGUUGAAAAGGUCGACGUGGGUGAUAGCGCACCAUUGUUCACUUCUCCUGAGCUAUUAGAAUUAUCUCCUGAGGGUUCUACCAAGAUUGCCAUCGAUGUUCAGUAUAAGGGAAACUUAACAAUCAUCAUUGCGACAAAGGCGAACAUUAACUUAGGAUCGCAUUUCAAACAAAGAGAGGUUUCCUUGCAAUUAUCUAUAAAAAUUAAAGAAUUUUCCGGUCCGCUUUUAUUCCUAAUCAAACCACCUCCAUCUAAUAGAGUCUGGUAUGCCUUCCGCUCUGAGCCUAUAAUGGAUUUUGAAAUUGAGCCUAUCGUGAGUUCAAGUAAAUUAUCGUAUAACGUCGUUACCAACGCUAUCAAGAGUAAGUUUGCGGAAGCUGUAAAGGAGUCCCUAGUUGUGCCGUAUAUGGAUGAUAUCGUUUUCUAUCCAACACCUAAUGAAAUUUACAGGGGUGGUAUUUGGGAGGAACAGGAUCCUGAAACAGUAGAGAGGGCACGCACUGCGGCAGCAGCCGCAGGCACGAACACCAGCGCUAGGGAUCAUUUAGUUGCACUUCAGGAAGGUGGGACAAAAUCUCAGAGUCGAAUCAAGAAAGUCCUACGGCCAGAAAGAAAGAAAGACAAUCUAAAGGACGUUGUCGACCUAACUGGAGUAACAAAUGCUACAAGUCAGACAGCGGUCGCAACAGCUGCGAAUGAUGAUGCCUCCAGUUCUGAAAACUCCACCAAAUCUAAAAAAUACUUCAAAAAUUCAAUUAAGAAGAUAGGUAGAUGGUACAAGGAUAAUGUUGGAAAUUCGAGUGACACCGAAGAUAUGGAUGACCUAGACGUACAAGAUAAGAAGAAGGACGAUUCAACGGACGAAAAAGAAUCCGAUAAUCCUACGCUCGCUUCGAAUCCGAGAAUGAUUUCCAAUAGAAGACCAGUUCCAAGGAGACCUCCUCAACAACCUCUAAAUUCGUCCUCUCCAAAACUUGAAGACAAGAAGGAAAAAGACACAGAAGUUUUCUCAAUUCCAACCUCUUCUCCAAAUGUGAAUGCUUCAAAAAUGUUUGCAAAUAAACAGAAUAGGAAAAUUUCUGUGUCCUCAAAUGAUUCUCAAAACUCACUCGAAAAAGGCGACCCUCAUAACAAAACCUCAAAACUUGAAAGCUCUCAAGCAUUCGUUAAGAUGACUUCUCCUAAUCUUUUCAAUGAUGGAUUCUUCAAGCAAGAUUUGGAGUUUGAGGAACAACGAGAGCCCAAAUUGUGA